CAACCUUAAUUGGUCUGAAUUGCAGCUGCUCAAGUCAUGUUGUAUCCUUUGGGAUAAAGGAAGAUAUUAUAUUGUAUAUAGACAAUAGUCCAAGCAUUAUAUCGGUCAUGUAAACCAAAGCAUUGCCUCAAAAGUGUAUUCACUAGUCAGUCAACCCAGAUUAAUGAUUCCACAUCUGCCUUUUUGCAUAUCUAAAUGAAAGAAGAAGAAAUGUCAGCAGGCUGAAAGCAGAAAUGAAAGACUCUUAGAGCUUCCGUCCUCUGCAAAAGGAGCAAACUGCCAACUUUUCAGUCACCUUCCAGGUUUACUGGUGGAUAUUGUGAACAAAGAAUGUCAGGAAGACCAUUAGGAGGGAGGAUGCCUGUUGACAAAAAGCCACGAGCAUGUGUUGACCAGCUGAAGGACUGGCUGUUUCACCACUCAGCCACCCUGCUGACAUAUAAUGCUGAGGGCUUCUCAGCGGCGGAGCGGCGGAAGUGAGAGGUGGUUUUGCUUUGAAAGAGGCGAGAAGGGAAAAGAGAAGGAGAGACCACAACGAAAACCACAGAAUGGGAGUCCGCUGCAGGAGCAAAUCCUCCUAGAGACGGAGGAAGCAGCGGCCACUGUGCAGCAACACUGUGCAGCAACAAACACAGAUUUAAGAUGAUCGACAGUCGGCUGUCGGCACAGAGGAGGGAGAUGAGGAGCUUUCCCGGAGACAGAGGCCAGCAGAAGACCAGUACCUACAUCGUGCCCUGCUUCCUCUUUGUGGAGCUGGUCAUCAUGGCAGGGACCGUUUUGUUGGCGUACUACUUUGAGUACACGGACACGUUCCCCGUGCACAUCCAGGGCUUCUUCUGUUUCGACAAAACCUAUUCCAAGCCGUACCCAGGACCAGAGGACAACAGCAAGGCGCCGCCCGUCCUCGUCUACUCCCUCGUCACUGCCAUCCCCACUGUGACGAUUCUGAUCGGAGAAGUGACCAGCUUCUUUGUGAAGACGGAGGGAGCUCAGGAGAAGACCAUAGUGACCGCUGACUGCUGUUAUUUCAACCCUCUCCUCCGUAGGAUUGUACGCUUUCUGGGUGUCUACUCGUUCGGCCUUUUCACCACCACCAUCUUUGCCAAUGCUGGUCAAGUGGUGACAGGAAACCAGACACCUCAUUUCCUGUCUGCCUGCAAACCAAACUACACAGCUCUGGGAUGCCAGUCUCCACUGCAGUACAUCACAGAGCGCCGAGCCUGCACAGGAAACCCGUACCUGGUGGCGUCCGCUCGCAAAUCCUUCCCCUCCAAAGAUGCAGCACUCAGCUUUUACUCAGCCAUCUACACAGUGAUGUACGUGACCCUGGUUUUCCGGACCAAGGGGACCCGUCUGACCAAGCCCACCCUGUGCCUGGUGCUGCUGUCUCUGGCUGUGCUGGUGGGGGUGGUGAGAGUGACUGAACACAGAAACCACUGGAAUGACGUCCUGGCUGGCUUUGUCGCGGGAGGGGCCAUCGCUGCCUUUCUGGUGGCGUGCGUGAUCAACAACUUCCAACCAACCCAACUAGCAGGUGAGACUCCACCACCUCCACAGCGCCCUGAGCCCCCCAUCGGGAUCCCUCUGCUCAGCCUGCCCCGUGUGGAGAGUCCACUCGAAAAGCUCCAGGGCUACCGUAUUCUGAGAUCACAUGACCAUCAGCCAAUCCCGUCCCCCGCCCCUCCCGAUGUGCUCCUCCCCUCACGGCGUUGCCUCACCAGCGCAGUCUAGACCUGACCUCUGAAUGCCCCAAGCCCUGCCCUGCCCAUCCAGAAGGACGACAUCCUCUCCGACGAGUCAAAUCCACCCAGGUCUGAAGGUCCACCAAUCACAGGAGACAGAGCAGACGACACGCACGUCAGGCUGAAAGCUGUCAUCCGCUAAGGACCAAUAGGAGAUGGAGACCUGUCCUUUAUCUGUCCUGUUCUGUCCUGUUUGUCCUCCAAGUUGGCCUCCCUUUUCUUUCGAGUAUAAAAGACUCGGAUGAAAGACUCGCCAAAGCCAGAGCUGCAGAAGCAAUACUGUGUCCUAUUUCCUUGUCCUGUUUUCCACAAAGACUCAACAGUGAUUCUUAAGACUGUUGGCUGGGGAUGACUUGAUAAAACACUUGAUCAAAUAAAGAAACUCAGCAAUGUUUCUGGAAGAAAAGCCCAAUAACCAGUGGAUCAUCCUCAAAAAGACCAUUUUGUAACACUCAGGACAAUAAAAUGGGAAAAAAAACAAAGGAAAAGUUUGACAACAGAGACCUUUACAUAAUAAAAAUGCAGGUAACGACGAAUACUAUGGUAUAGAAUUUUUUUCUGUCCUCAAAACUAACAAGAGACGCUGUCAAAGAGGAAAGCACUUUUGUAAAUUAUAGCACAGAUGAACCGAUUUAGUGUUCAGUAAACUGUGUUGUAUCCUAUUUGUUUUUGGAGGAAAUGGGUUUGAUCUCCUGUUGUGUAUCGUGUGUGAAGUGAUAGAAGGGAGAUUUAUACACACUAGAGCUGUGCUUGUGAUAUCACGUUUGUUUUCGGGCAUCGGUCGAUUCAUCCUUGAAGUGAACUGUGCUGGAUUUCAACCCACUUUCCAAAUAUCUUUUAUCUACUUACUAUUCAGGUGUGUGUUUAUUAAUGUCUGUAGGUUCUACGUCCAUACUGUGAAAUAUUUGGGAAGUUUUAUUAUUUGAUUUACUGCCUAUAUUCCAUGUGGAGUUCCUUGUUAGUGUUAGUUCACAUAAAAUUCACUUUGUCCUUCUUCCCUUAUGCCCUUUAACAUUUUCAUACCUUUUUUUUUAAUUUAAAUGACUUUUAUCUAAAUGUUAAUGUAAUUACUCGCUUUGCUUUACAGGACACUAAUCUGAUGUUACCCACAUGCAGAUGAUGUUUCCAAAAUUAAUGUUUUAUGAGAGUGUUAAUGGAAUCAGUUGUUGAUGUUUGCGCAUCUGUCCUGUCCAGUUUUUCCCAGUUUUUCCCUGCUUCGAUCUACCAUCGUUUUCCACACACUGGCUCUAUAAAACCAGUGGUACAGACCAGUGUGUAACGCAGAGAUUAGACCCUGAGCUUUGUAUAGUUUUGUACAGUAUAUAGGUUUCUUUGCACAGUAUAUACUGCAUUGUUAUUAUGUUUAUAUUGUGUGAACAAUGUGAAGCUACCUGAAGCUGUCUUGUAGGAACCAUGAGUAGUUGCCUGAUCUAAAGCAGGAAUGUAGCGCGGUGGAGGAGUGUACAGCCGGCGUGGCUCACAACGUGCUUCGGUUCUGCUCAGUUCAAAAGGACACUGCAGGCAAGUUAUACUAGAGGGAGAGAAAGCAAUGGGUUAUUUAAAGAAAACAUUGCUAUGGUUUUAUUAAGCGCGUGUGUGCGCGAGUGUGUGUGCGUGUGUGUGUGUGCGUGGGCGUGUUUAUUGGGAUCUGUGUGUAUGUUUAUAAUGAGCACACUGUAUGGCACCAUAACUGUUAAUUUGGCAAUCUGUUUUCUUAAGUUGAACUGUCAAAAGUAGCUGCUAUAAUUACACACUCGCGCUUGUGUGUAGCUCCAGGCCUUCAAAGGACCCCUGCUAAGGCGUCCUAACAAUGCCUGUUAUAGCAGUAGGUGCUCAUUAUAGCUCUGAGAUUACCUACAGUGAAACUUUUCAGUCUGAAUUUUUGUAACUGAAGAGGUAACAAACACCAUAAUGUCCAAAUAAUGUUAUUUUCAUGUUAAA